AUGCAGGACCAUAACCCCGGUCCCAUCGGCCAGGCCGGUCCCAGCGGUGGUCAGGGCCGUUUCCCUGGCCAUAUCUCGAAGCCCUCCAACAGUGACACCGGGUUCUCUCACGGCGCCUUCACCUCUAACAUAUCUGGAUUCGCCGACAGACACCCCCGACGUGGCAACAUCCCCACCAUCAACACGCAGAGCAUCAACAACCAGAAUGUCCACCAGCAGCCCCAGCCCAACGUGGCUGACCUGACGACCCCUGGCACAGGCUUUGAUAUGCAGUUCACUCCUCUGCUGCCGUCCCAGCUGCUCCUCGGAAGCCCCUUCCAGCCUGGCACCCCGGCCGCUUUUGCCAACAGCCAGUUCCAGAAUCUGAAUGCCUACCAGCAGGCCCAGCAGGUCCAACAGAACGGCAUGUCGAGCCCCGUGCAGCAGCCAAUGUCCCCCGGGGGCUAUGUCUCUCCUUCGACCUACGGGGCUCCUCAGUUCUUUUCUCCCCAGUCCCCUACCGCAGGGUACAGCUCCAUGGGCGGUCAGAUGCAGAUGCCGAUGAACCCUGGCUCUCCCACCAUGAGUCCCGUGGUCAGCGGGACCAGCCGUACGGUCUACCUUGGGAACAUCCCCCAGGACACUCCGGCCGACGAAAUCCUGAGCCACGUGCGCAGUGGCCAGAUCGAGUCGGUCCGUUUGCUUCCCGACAAGAACUGCGCCUUCAUCUCCUUCCUGGACGCCAGCUCCGCAACUCACUUCCACUCUGAUGCCAUCUUGAAAAAGCUCUGCAUCAAGGGUCAGGACAUCAAAGUUGGCUGGGGCAAGCCGUCUCAGGUGCCUACGUCUGUUGCACUUGCAGUCCAGCAGUCUGGUGCCUCUCGGAAUGUGUACCUCGGCAACCUGCCUGAGGAGAUCACUGAGGAGGAGCUGCGGGAGGACCUUGGAAAGUUCGGUGCCAUCGAUACUGUCAAGAUCGUCCGUGAGAAGAACAUUGCCUUUAUCCACUUCUUGUCGAUCGCCAAUGCCAUCAAGGCUGUCUCUCAACUUCCUCAGGAGGCGAAGUGGCAGGCACCGCGACGAGUGUACUACGGAAAAGAUCGUUGUGCUUAUGUCUCCAAGACGCAACAGCAGAACGCCGCGCAGUACCUUGGCAUUGCUCCCGGGUACGCCCACAUGCUGACCGGUGCUGACCGUGACUUGAUUUCCAGCGCCCUGGCCCAGCAAUCCGUGGCUGCUGCUGCUGUUGCCACUACUGCUGGUGGCAUUAACAACCUUGGAAACAGGACCAUCUAUCUCGGUAACAUUCACCCCGAGACCACCAUCGAGGAGAUCUGCAAUGUCGUGCGAGGUGGUCUGUUGCACCACAUCCGGUACAUCCCGGACAAGCACAUCUGCUUUGUCACGUUCAUCGACCCCACCGCGGCCGCUUCUUUCUACGCCCUGAGCAACAUUCAGGGUCUCAUGAUCCACAACCGCCGGUUGAAGAUCGGCUGGGGCAAGCACUCCGGCGCUCUGCCCCCGGCGAUUGCCUUGGCUGUUAGCGGCGGCGCGUCACGAAAUGUGUACAUCGGCAACCUGGACGAAAGCUGGACCGAGGAGAGAUUGAGACAAGACUUCUCUGAGUACGGCGAGAUCGAGCUGGUCAAUGCUUUGCGGGAGAAGAGCUGUGCAUUUGUCAACUUCACCAACAUCGCCAAUGCUAUCAAGGCCAUUGAGGCUGUCCGAAGCAAGGACGAGUACAGGAAGUUCAAGGUCAACUUCGGCAAGGAUCGAUGCGGCAACCCGCCACGCCAGCUCCAGCAACAGCAGCAGCAGCAGCAGGCCCAGUCCCCUCGCAACGAAGUCCCUUCGCCACAGGGCCAGGGUGCACAGGGUGGAUCCCCAACCAAUGGUCAGCCGGGCUUGUUCACACAGAGCAACCCGCUCACCAUUUACCUGAACCAGGUCUCUCAGCAGGCCCAGCACCAGCACCAGCAGCAAAACCAGGCUCUUGCUGCGCAGCAAGCUGUUCUCUUCGGCACCGCUUCCUCCUCGCCGAACGAGCUCUCUCUCCAGAUUCCUGAAGGUCCGGUCUCCGGCCAUGGUCAGUCCGCGAGCAUCUCGAACGGCUACGCGAACCAGAACUCUGGCUCUGGACCGACGACCAUUGGAGGUCUGCUCGCUCCCAACACACGCGCCCUCACGGUUAUCACAGUGGUGCCGGUGCCGGGUGCCGGCGGUGACGAUGGCGCCCGACGUGGCCACCAGUACCAGUCCAGCUUUGGUGGCUAUGGCCUCGCUAUUCAAGGCGGCCUCAAUGGCUGGGUUGAGGAAGAGGUGGCGAACUAA